GCUUACCUUAUCCUAUCCCAUAUCUCUCUCUCACACUCUCUCUCUCUCUUAUAUCUCCUUCAUGAUACUUACUUCACUCUAAUAAGCUCUCUCCGCCUUCGCUCUAUCUCUUUCACUUUAUCUCCAUAAACAUUCAAUAACUCCCUCUCCUAGAAUUUCAUCCCCACACACUCUCAUAUCCACCAACCGCGCCAAUCGAUUCAUUUCUAUUCAUUCCAGUCCAUUCCAUUCCAGUUCAGUUCGGCUUCUGGUCUUUGGGCUCCCCAUCAUAAACUAUCAGACACGAAGCGUGUAGUAUAGUCAUUUCAGUUCAGUUCGAUUCGGUUUGGUGCUUGAGCAACCUUCGCUUCGCCUCGCCAUGUAAAGAGCACCUCUUCUGCGGGGAUUCGCUCUUGCUUCACUACUCCAAUCGGUUUUCCAGCAAUACUCAUGUUAAUUAUUUCAUUCGUCAUUUGAGUGAAAUUCACCACCUGGGUCAAAGCUGAAUUUUGAGGAGCUUAGAGAAUUCAAACCCCCGAGCAAAGCAAGUCAUCUUUUCUAUCGAUAAAAAGUUUCGAUAAAAAUUUUGGGUUUGGUUCAUAUAGAAAGUGCAGUCAGCGAAAGGAGGGAUUGAGGUGUGGGGGAAGGGCUUAAAAGCCACUCGCCAGCUUCCAUUCACAAAUGGCCCCUAAGACCGGAAAGGCUAAGCCGCACAAAGCCAAGGGAGAGAAGAAGAAGAAGGAAGAGAAAGUUUUGCCAACCGUGGUCGAGAUAACUGUUGAUACGCCGGAUGACUCUCAAGUAAUGCUCAAGGGUAUAUCUACGGACAGGAUCUUAGAUGUUAGGAAGCUGUUGGCAGUCCACGUGGAGACAUGUCAUUUGACCAAUUUCUCCUUAUCUCACGAGGUCCGUGGUCCCAGGCUUAAAGACUCCGUGGACAUCCUCAGUCUCAAACCCUGCCACCUCACCAUCAUAGAAGAGGAGUAUACGGAGGAGCUUGCGGUGGCCCACACGCGGAGGCUCCUCGACAUCGUCGCCUGCACCACUUCCUUCGGCGCUUCGUCCUCCCCCUCGCCCAAGACCCCGGGCCGGUCCAGCCCCAAAGAACCCGGUUCGAAGGAUCGACCCGGCUCCAGCGAUGCCGAUUCGGCCGCGGCUCAGGGCUCCUGCUUGGAGAUCCACGGGAAGAUCGGCGGCGAGAAGGCGGACACGGCGGCGAUGUCGAUGUGCCCGCCGCCGAGGCUGGGGCAGUUUUACGACUUCUUCUCCUUCUCUCAUCUCACCCCACCCAUACAAUACAUACGAAAAUCUUCUCGGCCGUUUCUUGAGGACAAGACAGAGGAUGAUUUUUCAGAUAGAUGUAAGCACUCCACAUCCAUCUCUUUUCUCUGA